UUUUUUUUUUUUGCUCUAAAAUAAUGUCAAGUAGUUCAAAUACUGGAGAGUUACCUUCUCUUAAAAAAGUGGAUACAAUUGUUCAUAAUGAUGACAAUGGACCCGAAUUGAAUCGUGUAGUUCUUAUAUGUUUAGAUCCUGAAUCUUCUAAUGUUACAUUUCAAUGGGCAUUAGACAACUUUAUUGUCCCAUCAAAGGACUUGGUAAACAAAAGGAGAAGGGAGAGGGUAUAAAGACUUUCAUGUAUACAAAUUAACAUAAACAUCUUAUUUUAAGGUAAUACUUGUUCAUGUUCGUCAAAUUGAUAUACCCGUUGCUCCUUAUAUUAAUACGACUGGAUUUGUGGAUGAUAUAAGUGAAGAGAGGAGAAGAGAAAGUCAUCAUUUAUUACGUACCUUUGCUGAGAACCUUAAUCGAAAAAAGGUAAAAAAAAAAAAAUAAUGGCAAGUUUAUGAAUUAAAUAAUUUUUAUUAACAAACCAAAAAUAAAAGAUUGCUUGUAAAGCGAUA